ACCCCGACAUUCUGCACGGCACCUACCUAUCGGACUGGAAGUAGCUCUUGUAGUAGUUCCGAUGCGGCUUCAUCAGCGGCAUUGAUAGCCGAGACCCUACAGCAAAUUGAUCAACUUGGAUCCGAUCUCGAAAGUUAUUGUGUGGCUGCAGAUCAACAACAACAACCACAACAGCACACUGCUGUGCCACAUCGUGUGCAUACGGAAUACGCUGCACUACGUACCACGAAUGGAAUUGAUCAGUCGUUACCGACCACUAACGGACACGCUAGCACCGCAGGAUCGACGACUGGUACCGGUUCUGUCAUGCAGAAUGGAAUACGCAUCAGAGCAGAAAGUGCAACUCGUCCACCGCCACCGGCACGUCCGAAGCAGCACGAUCACAUCGGCUACACCGACGGCACCCUCGAUUGCAGAAGCUCGAAUGAGCAUGGAUCCAUAAUGGGAAGUAGGCAAUCGUUGAACUCGUCCGGAUACUAUUGUCCGAUAGGUUCGAAUCAGGAUCUUCGAUAUACGAACGUGAAUCCAUUCACUCGACCGGCUCCGAAUUACAAAAUUUGA